AAAGGUAUGUAAAGCAGUACAAGAGAAACAGACACACCACAGAACUACCAGCAAGAGCCAGCAACAUCAUUCCCUUUCAUCAGGAUGUCCACCAGCGUUAAUCCAGUUCCAGUCGUCACCCAUGUGAUCACACAACAAACUGCUCCAGCUCAGAUCAUCCAAAAUGUGCCUGCACAAGGAUUUUCUACUAUGGUAACGCUGCCGGUCAGGAGUGUUGGGAGCAGCCUUUCUUCAGGUCUACUUGGAAAGUUUUUGAAGGGACAGCCAAAAGCACUGGGGGUUGUUGAAAUAAUGAUUGGUGUCUUCACAAUUGCAUCUGGCAUUGCAGUUAGCCAAGGUGGAUCCACUUUCCUGUACAGUGGCAUUGCAUUCUGGGGAUCUUUAAUUUACAUCAGCGCUGGAUCUCUGACUGUUUUGGCAGAGAACAAGCUUCAUCCCUGUGUGGUGAAAGGCUCUCUAGGGAUGAAUGUGAUCAGCGCUGUAACUGCAGGAAUUGUCUUUAUUAUUUUGGUCGCUGAUUUGUCAUCAAUGAAUUUAUGCCAGUAUCAUUCCUAUUACUACUCCUAUUACCCUGUCUACUGCAUGAGCGUUGCGUCCUAUCUGCUUCUCCUAAUGGUGCUGAUUCUCACUCUGCUGCAGUUCUGCAUUUCCAUCUCCAUCUCAGCCUUUGGAUGCAAAGCUACCUGCUGUAUGCAACCUACGGUGAUGUUUGUGGUCAGCAACCCCAACGUGUCUAACCAAUCUGCAGUCAAUCCCCCACCAUAUGAGUAAAUGUACACCUGACUUCAUGACUUAUUUUUAUUGUUGAUAGUUGAUAGUUCAAAGAAAUGCAUAUUAAAUUGCAUAAUUAAAUUAAAUAAAUUCCAAAAUUUUUUUUUUCUAUAUCUAAGAAGAUUGAUCUUACAGAAUGUGUAAAAACAAAUUUGAACUGUAUUCUGUCUUUUCGGUCUGCUAUAGCAAGGUUGAUACGUGGCUAAAAUGUACAGAGAAAGCGGCCAGUCUUUUAGCUGAACGGACGUACACUAGCAGUCAGUUACCUCAGCCAGCUAAUGCUAAGCUAGCAUUUAGCGUAUCUCUCAGGAAAUAAUGGUUUGCGAUAAAACAAUAACGAGCAAUAAUUAUCGCGAAAUAACUAUCCCUCGAUAGAAAUGUAAGCCACAGUCGAUAAAACUUUGAUAUAACUUGUUCCGGGAAUGUUUCUGACAAACAACAGAAACAACCAAUGAGAAUAGGAAUAGCGCCACGCUGACCCAAUCAUGUGGCUGGAAUAAAGCGUAGGCGGAGCAGCUCACAAGCUAAUGUUUGUGUCAAAAGAGAGCGCAGGGUUUGUGUGUGUGUGUGUGUGUGUGUGUGUGUGAGAAUGUGAGGUAGAGAGAGCAGGGUCUGUGUGUGUGUGUGAGUGCAAGUUUUAGCCUGUUAGCUUGUUAGCUCGCUAGUCUAUUGUUAUUUUGGUGUAGUUCUUGCCGACAGCAAACAUUAGAAGUUUCAGCAAUAAAGCGACGACUGUAAAUGUGUUUCUCGUUCAACCUUUCAAUGUCUCGAGCCGGACGAUAGGAUAUGAUGCCAAUAAGCACGUUUUUAGGCAGCUAGUUGAAGUACCUACCAACUCCCUGGCCGAGAGGGUCUUUAGCACAGGUGGUAAUAUUGUGACAGGACAGCUUUUAAACCCGAGGCAGUGGACAGACUUGUCUUCCUGGCACCGGAGCCUGUAGUAGGGUACGUCCGGUGCAAAUAAUAACUUGACAGCACUAAGAGACAGGUCUGCACUAAAGGGGAUUUAUUGUGUCUUUUUCUAUUUUGCUUUGGAGCAUUAGCUGAGGAAAACUGAGUGAAUUUUAUGUUUUCUUUUUUUCACAUUGGAAAGUUGCUUAAAAUGUUUUAUUAAUUCGGAACUGACCAAAGAAUUUAGUUGUUAUACUGUGACAUUUAAUCUUUGAAUAUACAGGAUUUGAGUGUUUUAUUUUUUAUUUAUACAGUAAUAUAAUGUUCUAAUGUUCAUUUGUUAACCUCUGACUAAAUAAAAUUUGAACUAUUUACUAACUCCCUUAUUCUCUCAUUUAUGAGCAAAAAGAAACCUUUAAGUGCGACAGAAAGUGAUUUGAUUUAAAUUGGGAUACAUAUUGAUAUCGACUGAUAUGGAAAACUACAGGGGUUGGAUGAUAAAACUGAAACACCUGUCAUUUUAGUGUGGGAGGUUUCUUGGCUAAAUUGGUGCCUGGUGCAUCAGUAAGAGCAGAGUGUGAAGGUUCAAUUAGCAGAGUAAGAGCACAGUUUUGCUCAAAAUAUUGCAUUGCACACAACAUUAUGGGUGAUAUACCAGAGUUCAAAAGAGGACAAAUUGUUGGUCCACAUCUUGCUGGUGCAUCUGUGACCAAGACA